GACGGGUUUGGGAUACUAGGUGCACCGUCCUGUGAUGGAUCGAGCUUCGGGACGCCCUGGUUUUUUUAUUUUUAUUUUUCCGCGCUUUUUUUUAGCAUCAUGUUUUCUGUGGACCUAUUUUAUUUAUCCGCUGAAUGAAAGAGUUUCUCCGCUCUGUGAUAAGAAGUGGAAACAUUUAAAGACUUUUUUUUAAAGGAGCGCCAGAAACGAAUAUCCCUCCCUCCUCCCCAGUUGAGUGCCACAUUCUGCGGGUCUUUUCCGCCCCGUCAGUUUGUUUGGGUGGAGGCUGACGUGUGGUGACAGUCUGAGGUGUUUUGAGCCGGAUUUUCAACUCUGGAUGUCGCCAGUAAUUAUGGCUACAAUUACACGCCGUGCGUCUUAAAGCCCCGAGACUCCUUUGAGGUCUCCGGCGAUGCGUCGCGGAGGGAUAAUUUAGGGAAAUUUCUGGAGGGAGGAAAUGGAAAGUAAAUCCUGCCUGCUUCAGUGGGUGUAAAAUUAGUAACAGCAGGCUUUAUGUGAUAUCAAAUACCUCAGAUUAAACCUGGAUCUGAAACUGCCUGCCUACCCCGUUACCUGAUGUGAUUUAUUGGUGCCCUCUCCUCCUCCUCCUCCUCUUCAUCCCUGUGUGUGAGGAGAUCUCCGCCGCCACUUCCAGGCCUCCCCAACCCCUCACCCCCUCCCUCCCUCCACGGCGUURCAGUCGCGGCCACGAUUCCGGGGAGGCUCUGAUCCUGCAGCCACGUCAAUCACGUCUUCACCGCUGGCUGCGGGGCGGCCCUCGUGGCCGGGAUGCCGCUGUGUGCCGUGCCAGUCCACGGUGGACGGUGAGGGGCAGACGGAGGGGACCGAGUGCCGGAGACUGACAGGAGGCAGUCCGCACCAAACCGGAGACAUGAACCUCUGCUGGAGCGAGAUCAAGCGCAAGUCCCACAACAUCCGGGCACGGCUAGAAGCUUUCUCUGACAACAGCGGGAAGCUGCAGCUCUCCCUGCAGGAGAUCAUCGAGUGGCUGACGGCCAAGGACGAGGAGCUGUCAGAGCAGCUGCCCAUAGGAGGCGACGUGGGGGCCGUCCAGCACCAGAGAGAGUUCCAUCAGGCGUUCAUGGAGGAUGUCAAGUCUCGCGGGCCCUUCAUCUACUCUGUUCUGGAGUCUGCCCAGGCCUUUCUGGCUCAGCACCCGUUCCAGGAGCCAGAGGAGACCCUGACCGAUGGAAAAGAGGUUUCUCCACGCCGGCGGAUUCUGAACGUGAGUCGGUCUGUUUGGAAGCAGGCGAACGUGGCCAGCGACCUCUGGGAGAAACUGACGGCUCGCUGCGUGGACCGCCACAGGCACAUGGAGAGGACACUGGAACGCCUUUUGCAGAUCCAGGCCGCCAUGGAGGAGCUGGCGGGGGCCCUGGAGCAAGCGGAGGGGGUGAGGGAUGCCUGGGAGCCCGUUGGUGACCUCUUCAUCGACUCCCUGCAGGACCACAUCGAUGCUACCAAAUUGUUCAAGGAGGAGCUGACGCAGGUGAAGGAGGGCAUGAAGCAGAUCAAUGAGCUGGCCCACCAGCUGGCCAUCUCUGAUGUCCAUUUGUCCAUGGAGAACGCUCGAGCCCUGGAGCAUCUCAACAGCAGAUGGAAACUGCUUCAGGGUUCUAUCGAGGAGCGGCUGAAGCAGCUCCAGGAUGCUCACAGAGACUUUGGCCCCGGAUCGCAGCAUUUCCUCUCCAGUUCAGUGCAGAUACCGUGGGAGCGUGCCAUCUCCCCGAACAAAGUGCCCUACUACAUUAACCAUCAGGCCCAGACGACGUGCUGGGACCAUCCAAAGAUGACAGAGUUGUACCAAGCGCUGGCGGAUCUGAACAACAUCAAGUUCUCGGCGUACAGAACGGCCAUGAAGCUGCGGCGGGUUCAGAAGGCUUUGAGAUUGGAUUUGGUGGCGCUGAGCGAGCUCGCGGACGUGUUCCGGGAGCAGGAGCUGCAGCAGGGGGAGCACGUGAUGGAUGUGGUGGAGGUGAUCCACGGCCUGACAGCUCUGUACGAGAAGCUGGAGGAGGAGCGAUCCAUCCUGGUCAACAUUCCCCUCUGUGUGGAUAUGUGUCUCAACUGGCUGCUUAAUGUUUACGACAGCCCUCGGAACGGCAAAAUGCGAGUUCUCAGCUUCAAGAUGGGAUUGGUGAGCCUAUGCAACGCAGACGUCCAGGAAAAGUACAAAUAUUUGUUCCGUCAGGUCUCUGGUCCCGGAGGUUUGACGGACCAGCGUCACCUCAGCCUGCUGCUCCACGAAGCCAUCCAGAUCCCCCGGCAGCUGGGCGAGGUCGCUGCUUUCGGCGGCAGCAACGUCGAGCCGAGCGUUCGGAGCUGCUUCCGCGUGGCUCCGGGGAAGCCUGCCAUCGAGGUGUCCCACUUCCUGGAAUGGACGAGUCUGGAACCCCAGUCGAUGGUCUGGCUGCCCGUCCUCCACCGAGUGGCUGCUGCCGAGUCCACCAAGCAUCAGGCCAAGUGCUACGUCUGCAAACAAUGUCCCAUCAAAGGCUUCAGGUAUCGCAGCCUGAAGCAGUUCAACGUGGACAUCUGCCAGACGUGUUUUCUAACCGGCCGCACCACCAAGGGGAAGAAGCUGCACUACCCCAUCAUGGAGUACUACACCCCAACGACCUCGGGGGAGAAGAUGAGGGACUUCGCCAAGACGCUGAAGAACAAGUUCAGGUCAAAGCAGUACUUCACCAAGCACCCGCAGAGAGGUUACCUGCCGGUGCAGUCYGUGCUGGAGGCUGAGAGCUCCGAGACACCUUGCUCCUCGCCCAGACUGCCCCACGCCGACACACACAGCAGGAUUGAGCAUUACGCCAGCAGACUGGCAGAGAUGGAGAACCAGAACUGUUCAUUCUUCACGGAUAGCCUCUCUCCUGAUGAAAGCCUGGAUGAAGAUCAGUACCUCCUGCGUCACUCCAGCCCAGCCCUGGACCAUGAUUCGCCCUGCGGACAACACAUGCUGCUGGCUCACCUGGAGCAUCAGGACAAGGAGCAGCUCCAGUGCACCCUGGCCCGCCUGGAGAACGAAAACAGGGUGCUCCAGAGUGAAUACAGGCGGCUGAAGUGGAAACACGAAGAGGCGGCUUCUGUCCCCAUGCUGACGGAGGCCGGGGAGCCGGGGUCGCCCACGGCGGGAGGAGCGCAGGACGAAGAGCUGCUGGCCGAAGCGCGGGUCCUCCGCCAACACAAAACUCGCCUGGAGACCCGCAUGCAGAUCCUGGAGGACCACAACAARCAGCUGGAGUCCCAGCUGAGGCGGCUCAGGGAGCUCCUGCUACAGCCCAAAGAUGAUUCGGAGGCCAACGGAUCAGAGCUCUCCACGCUGUCCUCUCCUGUGUCUGGAGGGGGUCGCCACGGGGAGCCGGCGAGCCGGGAGACCACCGACACCGAAGCAGCAGGGGACGAUCUGGAGCACGAGCAGGACACGGUGCUGCAGCUCCAAGAGGUCAUCGAGCAGCUGAGGAACGUCUUCCCUUCAGAACCGGGCACCACCUCACACAUCUGACCCCAGAGCGGGACUCGAGGAGCAGAAUGACGUCCUGAAAGGUUGCCUGAGAGCUGAGGGGAGGAGCCGAGGUCAGGCAGCACUGCGCCGGGACGCUGUGACCGCAGCAGCAGCAGCAGCAGCAGCAGCUUGGACCCUGAGAACUAACGCUGUGCACUAAAAAGCAUUUCUCAUGCAAACUGCUAGAGGCUCACACUGACGCCCCUUUGGUCCGGCUGUGCUUCACAGCUCCACGUUCACAAGCAAAAAAAACAUAUUUCAAGAA